AAGAAGACUUCAUCAUGAAUCUAAGCAGCACAACUUUCAACAUAUUGGAGAAAACAGCAAAUAAAUACAGUUUUAUAUCAAUUUAAAGACUCGGGAAUCGCAGCAAUGGCUUCGGACGAUGAGAUUAAUAUUCUGGUCAUAGUGCUGGAUGUGAACCCUGUCUGGUGGGGUCAGCAGGCGCAGCGGGAGCCGAAGUUCACCCUUUCAACAUGUUUGGACAGUUUGAUGGUCCUGGCAAAUGCUCAUUUGGUCAUGUCAAGGACCAACAAACUAGCUGUCAUCGCUAGCCUAUAUCAAGAAAGCCACUUCUUGUAUCCCAGUAAGCAGUGGAGAUCUGGGGAGGAAAUCUCUGCAAACCCCGACGGCAAAUAUGAGCUUCUCUCAGUCACCAAUGAUCUGUUUGCAGAGGAGAUCAGGAAUCUGAUGGAAAAAGCGGAGGUCAGUGGAAGUCAGACGGAAACACUGUUGGCUGUGUCUCUGGCCAGAGCUCUGUGCUACAUUAAUCGAAUCUCAAAGGACGUACAAGCUGGUCAGGAGGUGAAAUCGAGGAUAUUGGUAAUUAAAGCUGCUGAGGAUUCUACAUCUCAGUACAUGAACUUCAUGAAUGUGAUUUUUGCAGCACAGAAGAAGAAUAUCCUGAUUGAUGCCUGUGUGCUGGACUCGGACUCUGGACUUCUACAGCAGGCUUGUGACAUUACCGGUGGCUUGUAUCUCAGAGUUCCUCAGAAAGUUGCUCUCACACAGUAUUUAUUGUGGGUUUUCUUACCAGACGCAGAGCAGCGUUCACAGUUAUUGCUGCCUCCUCCAGUGCAUGUGGACUACAGAGCCGCUUGCUUCUGCCACCGCAACCUCAUAGAUAUCGGAUACGUCUGUUCAGUCUGCCUGUCGAUAUUCUGCAACUUCAGUCCAAUCUGCACAACAUGCGAGACUGCCUUCAAAAUGCCUCUCCCUCAGAUGGCUAAAACCAAGAAGAAAAAGCUGAAAACUGCAAACUGAUUCGUCUGUCGUCUCAACUAAUGUGCUUUAAUUAUCUCACAUUAAUGUCUUUUUGAACAGCAUACCUUUAUAAUUGAAUAUUUGGUUACAAACUUGUGUAUAUUUGAACACCCUAUUCUAAUGUAUCCUUCACUUUAAAUAAAAGACAUUUUUAUAUAAAAACA